AAAGAAAGUUUAAAUAGAUCUCGAGCUAAAAGGACAAGUAAAUAAUCUAAAACAAUGAGUACCUUGAAUGAUGAAUCUAAUAAAGAAUAUGUUGUAUCAAUGUUUCCUAAGGAUUUUUUCCAAAGGACAGCUCGAGAUCAAAACGAGGAUACGGUAAAAACUCAUGGUAAACAAAAUCCCGAAAAAAAUUCAAUAAAAAACAAGCGCGCUGCAUUAAAGAGCUUCACAAAUAACUCAGGAAUGAUGGCCUUAACCAGUAUAAUAAAUCUUGAAAAGAUUGCUAAACAGGAAAUCAUGUUAAAAAAAAGUGAACGAAUAUUAAAAGAUAUGGCGCAGACGCAUGAUAAACAAAAGACUGCGAAAAGCUCAAUAAAAACUGAAAAAAUCGAAAAUAAAGUAAAAAUGACCAUGCCCAAGACAUUGUAUCUAGAAAAGCGUACUCGGGAACAAAUCACGGUAAAAAAGAGCGACAAUCGAACUGGUCAGCAUGAACAAAUAUUAAAAAACGUCGCGAAUGUUAACAGUGACUUUUCAAAUCUCUCUAAGGUUACAACAAAAUCGAAUAAAAAUAACUUAUUAAUGAAUGAGAUAAAUAAAAUUAUGGUACCAGCACACUUAAACGUUAAAAAAAAUUACUUUACUGAACCAUUUGCUAUAAUUGAGCCUACCAUGCCAAUGUCGAUUGAUUUACUAAGUAAACCAACUCCUCCCCGUAUUUCUAAUAUAUUUAAUAAAACUGAACAGAGAGUGCACAUGUCUACAGCUGAAUAUAUGCCAAGAGCGGAGUGCGUACACUUUUCACAGAGCUGUGAUGCUACCAAAACAUCUUCAGAGUUACAAAUAAAUGAUAAAAGCGAAGUGGUCUGUGAUAAUAUAACAAUCGAUUUUGAUAAAUUAAAUUGGGAUGAUCCUUAUGCAGUAUCUCAUUACGCAAAGGAUAUUUUCGAUUACCUGAAAGAACGGGAAAAAAAAUUCCCUAUUACAGAUUAUAUGGUAAAACAAAUAAAUCUAUCUAAAUCGCUCCGCUCUCGACUAAUUGACUGGAUGGUUAAAGUGCAAGAGGGAUUUGAUUUAAACGAUGAAACGCUCUAUUUAGCUAUUAAGAUAGUUGAUCUCUAUUUGUGUCGUGUUAUAAUUAAUAAAGAUCAGAUAAUACUGUUAGGUGCCAUUGCACUUUUUAUUGCUUGUAAGUACGAUGAACAAAGGGUGCCUUUGGUAGAAGAUUUUCUCUAUGUAUGUAAUGGUAUCUACAAACGCAAUGAGCUUAUAAAAAUGGAGAUGAACGUGUUAAAAACAAUUGAUUACGAUAUAGGCAUUCCUUUGUCAUAUAAUUUUCUACGUCGGUAUGCUCGUUGUGCUGAAAUCAAUAGUGUAACCUUAACAUUGGCUUGUUAUAUACUAGAAUCAGCAUUAAUGGAUUAUGUGACAAUAUCGUUUAGCGAUUCACAAUUGGCAGCAGCAACUUUGUAUAUGGCGUUGCGUAUGUUCGGUGAAAAGAAAGGAUGGACCGAAAAGCUAGAAUAUUACAGUGGAUAUAAAUUGGAAGAGUUUGCUAUGGUUGUAGUCGUACUAAAUGCAGGAUUACAUCGAGUAAAAAAUUAUAAAAUAAAGGCUAUACGAAAAAAAUAUUCUCGCGAAAUAUUCCACGAAGUCGCUAAAGUACCAUUGAUGACCACUGUAGGACUUUUCGAAGAUAAUUUAGAUUUUAGUUUCGAUAAAUCAAAUUUGGUUUAUAUUAGUGUUGUGAGAAUACAAAAAAGACUGCGACUUUUACGAAAUUUUCUAAAAAUUUGUGAAAUUUCUGUAGUGCAAUCGAAUUAA